CGCGCGCAUAUGCGCUUUACGAAACCCAGCCUAUAUUAUAUAUGUUGUAUAUGUUGAUAUCUGAUAUCUGUCAUCGUUUAUAAGGUUAGCUAUCUCCACACUCGCGGAAAUUUAGCAUCCUCGAAUUUUCGACAAGAACUCUGCGUGUCGCGGAGGAGAAUGACGUCCUGUUUCGAAAAUAUGCAGAUGCCGUCCUGCGUCUGGUUCGAGGGCGGCGAGAAGAGGAAUGCCCUCGUCUCGAUGCUCGCAGGCACCUUGUUUUUUGUAGGAUGGUGGUUCAUAAUAGAUGCACAUGCAAAAUAUCCAAAUGAAAUGGUAAAUGCGUAUCAUGUUUGUGGAGUAUUUGGUACCAUAUCACUUUUUAUGGUUAAUUCAGUAACAAAUGCACAAAUAAGAGGAGAAGCUUAUAAUGGUGGCUGUUUAGGAGCAAGAGGUGCGCGGAGUUGGCUAUUUAUUGGAUUUGUUAUGGGAUUUGCAGCGGUAAUAGCAGCUUGUUGGAUAUUAUUUGCCAACUUUGUUGCUACAGGUAUCUUUAAAAAGAAUUGAGCCUACGUAUGUGUAUAUGUGUAUGUAUGUAUG